AUGAAAAGAGACGGUAGACAACAAGAUGAAAUUCCAAUUAGUGUUCCAGAUUUCUCAGAAGAGGGGUGGCGUGCAGCAGUUGGGGCGGCGACUGGCGACGCCGCGGCGUGGAGAAAAGGGGUGGCGUGCAGCGAUUGGGCGGCGACUGGCGACGCCGCGGCGUGGAGAGAAGAGGGGAAGCGUGCAGCGGUUGGGGCGGCGACUGGCGACGCCGCAACGUGGAGAGAAGAGGGGUGGCGUGCAGCAGUUGGGGCGGCGAUUGGCGACUGGCGACGUGGAGAAAAGGGGUGGCGUGCAGCGAUUGGGGCGGCGACUGGCGACGCUGCGGCGUGGAGAGAAGAGGGGAAGCGUGCAGCGGUUGCGGCGGCGACUGGCGACGUCGCCGCGGCGUGGAGAAAAGAUGGUGGCGUGCAGCGGAUUUUGGUGAAGAAGGAGACAGCAUGA